GUCUCUGAAUCUUUUUGGGAGUGUGGAUGUGGCGGACCCUGCCACCCUCCUGGGGAGUUCUGGGACCUUAAAGAGAGUCACAGAAGUUGGUCACGGCUGUUAGGAACAAUGCGUGACUGUGGUGACGUCACAUGUGGCCUGAAAGGAGAAAAGACGGGUCGGAACCAACAUUCGUGUCCCUCUUUUUCUUCUCCUCGCCUCCCCGCCGCGCUACGUCGGGUGCGCUCGGGUCCACUCGGGAGCGCGCACGCAUCUCUGCGGGGCGCGAGCAGCGACGUGUGAUUCUCUUUGUACUGAGCAGAGUUGGACCGGCUCCUCUCCGAGCUCUGCUGGGCUGCUCUACACAGAAGCUCAGUCUCGUGCUGUUAAUAGCUCAGUAAGCCGGUUACUCUUCUCCACUCGGUCCAUUUUGUUCCGUGGACGCGGACAAAUGUUCCUGUGAGGUUCUAUUGGACCACAGAAGCAUCAGGUCCUCCGGGAGCAGCUCAACACGCACGUUUACCAGCCGGGAUUUCUUCUUCCUCUUCUUCUUCUUUUGGUGCUGGUUCUGGUUCUGGUUCCAGCUCGGGAAGCUCUCGGCCGCACUUCUACACCUCCGGGUGGGAUUCUUUGUGUGUGUGUGUGUGUGUGUGUGUGUGUCCUGAAGAGAGCGAGCCAUGGCCGCUGUAACGAGCCCGGAGACGAGCCCUCAGCCGCGGGUGUAUUUCCAGACGCCGGCCGGCACCACGGAGGAGCCCGAGACUCCGGUUCGGAAGCAGGGACGCGUCACCGUCAAAUACGACCGCAAGGAGCUGAGGAAGAGACUGAACCUGGAGGAGUGGAUCAUCGACCAGCUCACGGACCUCUACGACUGCGAGGAGGAGGCCAUCCCCGAGCUGGAGAUCGACGUGGAUGAGCUGCUGGACAUGCCCAGUGACGUAGAGCGGGCCGCCAGGGUCAAGGACUUGCUGGUUGACUGCUUCAAACCCACUGAGGACUUCGUCUCAGAGCUGCUCGACAAGAUCCGAGGGAUGCAGAAGCUCUCCACGCCUCAGAAGAAAUGAUGGCGCCCCUCCGCCACCUCGGCCUUCGUCCUCCACCUCAGCCCUCACCUGUCGUCUUCCUCCCACUCUCCUUCCUUUGUAUUUUGACGAAACGACCUCACCUCGUUUCCUCUCAUUGUUAGGCCCCACCUCCUCUCCGCCACAUCGUUAGGCCCCACCUCUUCUCCGUCUCAUCGUUAGGCUCCACCUCCUCUCCGCCACAUCGUUAGGCCCCACCUCUUCUCUGUCACAUCAUUAGGCUCCACCUCUUCUACGUCUCGUCAUUAGGCUCCACCUCUUCUCCGUCACAUGAUUAGGCUCCACCUCUUCUCCGUCUCAUCGUUAGGCUCCACCUCUUCUACGUCUCGUCAUUAGGCUCCACCUCUUCUCUGUCACAUCAUUAGGCUCCACCUCUUCUCCGUCUCAUCGUUAGGCUCCACCUCUUCUACGUCUCGUCAUUAGGCUCCACCUCUUCUCCGUCUCAUCGUUAGGCUCCACCUCUUCUCCGUCUCAUCGUUAGGCUCCACCUCUUCUCCAUCUCGUUGCCUGGGUCCAGCCCGUAAAUCGCUUCCAUUUUUUUCUCCAUUUCUCUGACCUUGCCUUGUUGUUGUUUGUUGGACCUCCUCCUGAAAAAGUAAAGCGAAAACAGCAACAAGCGAUUCAUUGGUCUCGAUCCAGGCGCUCUCCUUCCUUCCUUCCUUCCUUCCUUCCUUCCUUCCUUCUCUCUUUAUCUCCACUACUCCUCCUCCUCCUUCACCCUUUUGUUCGGCUCCAGCCCUCUUCCCUCACAUCAACCCUCCAUCUGUCUGAGGAGGAAGAGACGAGACGCGGCCGCAUAAUUACAGCCGAGGAAAAGCCGGCGGCGGCCAAGAAAAGAGUGGAAAGAAGAGGCAGCCAAUCAGCUUGAAGCAGGGCCUAAUUAUUGCUUAUGUCUCAACCAAUGAGACUCCUUAUUUCGUUAUUUGUAAGGGGUUUAAACUUGUCAGCACCCGGCUACCCUCCAUGACUCUUUUGAUAUUUCCUAGCUCAGUUUGAGGGCGUGGUGAAAUCACCUGACUGUAGUUUUUUAAUGUUUUAUUGGGUCCGUCAGUCUUUACAGUCAUUAUCUCCCUGUUAAUCAGAGGCAUUUGCUACAGUGGUGCGUUUAAAGACUGACGUUUUCUUCUUCUCUUGUUUAUUUUUCACGUGUGUAUCUGUUGAAAACUCUGCACUGUCUCAUUUCGGGAAGAGAAACCUCUGAACCUCUGACCACAAAGGAAAAAAAAAAGUCUGGUGUUUAUUUUCAGUCCAACAAAAAGGAAAAUUUGAUGGAGGGUUAAAAAUAGUCACUGGCUGGCUGCGGUGGCCACUUUCAGAAUAAAAGUCUUCCCCUGGAGGCGAGAGCAGAAGGAGGUUCUCUUUAGAAGAAGAGAGUUUUUCUUUCCUGAAUGCGGUGCAGUCGUCAGAGGCUCGUAGAGGCCGACAUACAGUGUGUACGUCUGUGUGUUGCUAAAUGCUACGUGUGUGUGUGUGUGUGUGUGUGUGUGUGUUGCUACAUAAUGUACAGCAACAUUCAUAGUAGGAGUGUGUUUCUCUGGCCUGUAUAUUCUGCUGUUCUGUACGACGGAUUAGAUUUUUAGUAUAGGACUGGUUCCUGUUUUGGGUAUUUUUAAAAAUUUAUUUUAGUUUUAUUUUAUUCUGGAUGCAUUUUGUCACACACACACUGACAGUCCGACAGGGGGACCCAGAACUAAGCUGCCUUGUUUGUUUUAUUUUGUUUUUCUUUCUCUCUCUCUCUCUCUCACCUCCCUCCUCCGUCUCUUCUUUACUGUCCCUCCUCUCAUCAUGUAGUCCAACAUGUCAGCUCAGAGCUGUCACACGAACAUGGAAACUCUGGAGACUUUGUACUGUCCUCCGCCUGUCAGCAGACCCACCAAUGAGACGUCUCAGAGGGAGGCAGGCAGGGACGCCUCUGUCUCACUGCAUUCACCUUCUCUCUCUCUCUCUCUCUCUCUCAAUCACACACUGGCGACCCUCAGGCGGAGGAGACGGAAACACAUCAGCAAACACAGCUGCCUCUCACACAGAUAUGCACACACACACACACACACACAGCGCUGACAGACAAACAGGUCCAUCGCUGUCACACGCUGCCAAUCAUCUCCAAGAAUAAGACAUCUGUUUAUAAUCCCGAGCCAGUCAGAUUGGAGACCCAUCAGCCAAUUGGAGAAGGUUUAAUGCUUUGCAGUGAUUCCUGCAGCCAAUAGCAAACACCUGCGGCGACAGCAGACCUCCACUGUCUGUCUCAGCGCCAAAACACACACACACACACACACACACACACACACACACACACACACACACACUGGCCCAUUUUAAUCUUGCUGCUCUGUCAUUUCUCCCUGGCAUCCCCUCCUUCCUCCUCCUCCUCCUCUUCCUCCUCCUCCUCCUCUUCCUCCUUCCUCCUCCUCUUCCUCCUCCUCCCUCCUCCUCCUCCCAGCCACUCUCAUCCUUCUGUCCUCCCUCCCUCUCUCCUUUCUUCAAUUUCCUUUUUUUUGUUUUUAAACAGAUGUUGCCUUAGGUAUUAUUUAUGUUACACAAACCAAAUAAACGGGAGACAUUCAUUUUUAAAAGCAGAACUGCGGCACGUGGAGAAUCUUGGAUCUUCUGUCGCUCCUUUUUUUUCCUAUAUAUAUUUUUUUUGAAGAAUGAUGAGAUUCUGUUGUUUUUUUUAGAAGUGAGUGUUUAAUACUUAGGCCUUGAUACAGUGAUUUUGUUUAGAUAAAACAAUGUUCUUUACAUUUACCAUUUGAAUACUGCUCUGUUUUUAUUGUGAUCAUGACACUUCGUGAUGCCGGGCCUUGGAUUAAGACGUAGUUGAACAAAAAGUCCAUUCAGAUCCAUUUGGUGCGAUUGCUUUUGCCUUUCUUUGUGCGGUUUCCAAAUCAAGCGCGGUCUGCAUUUUUUGGAGACGUCCGAUUGGCCGGAUCGCACCAGAAAAGCUCGAUUAGUAGCUGAAUUUGAGUGGAUUUUCUUUUCUAAAUCCAGGUUUGGAUUAUACCUUCUUAGACUGUUAUUGACAAGUCUGUUUUUUUACUGUUGGGGAAAAUUGCAAAAAAAAAAAAUAUAUAUACUGAUUAUUAUCAUUGAGGCUAAAUACAAGAGCUAAACCAUGCGGCUGGAGGAGUGGAAGUGUUUUUUGGACAAUGAUUGGAUCAAACCAACAAACAAAUGUAGCAAUAUCAACAACAGGUCUUGUUUUUGCCCAAUUUUGUUACACUUUUAUGCAACUUUAAUAAAAACAUGUGAAAUGGA